AUGGAGCCUCUGUUCCCGGCCUCUGUGCCAGCUGGCUGGAACACCUCCUUGGCAGCCACCAGCGGGGGCGGCGAGAACAGGACGCUGGUGGGGCUGGCGCCGUCCCCGGGGGCCCGGGCGGUUGUGGUGCCCGUGUUGUACCUGCUGGUGUGCGUGGCAGGGCUGGGUGGCAAUGCGCUGGUCAUCUACGUGGUGCUGCGCCACGCCAAGAUGAAGACAGUCACCAACAUCUACAUCCUCAACCUGGCAGUGGCCGACGUCCUCCUCAUGCUGGGGCUGCCCUUCCUGGCCACGCAGAAUGCCGUCUCCUACUGGCCCUUCGGCCACGUCCUGUGCCGCCUGGUCAUGACGCUGGACGGCAUCAACCAGUUCACCAGCAUCUUCUGCCUGACCGUCAUGAGCGUGGACCGCUACCUGGCCGUCGUCCACCCCAUCCGCUCCACCCGCUGGCGCCGCCCGAGGGUGGCCAAGCUGGCCAGCGCCGCAGUCUGGGCCUUCUCGCUGCUCAUGUCGCUGCCACUGGUCGUCUUCGCUGACAUCCAGGAGGGCUGGGACACCUGCAACCUCAGCUGGCCGGAGCCCGUGGGCCUGUGGGGCGCCGUCUUCAUCAUCUACACGUCGGUGCUCGGCUUCUUCGGGCCGCUGCUGGUCAUCUGCCUGUGCUACCUGCUCAUCGUGGUGAAGGUGAAGGCGUCGGGCAUGCGCGUGGGCUCCACGCGGCGGCGGUCAGAGCGCAAGGUGACUCGCAUGGUGGUGGUGGUGGUGGUCGUGUUCGUGGGCUGCUGGCUGCCCUUCUUCAUCGUCAACAUCGUCAACCUGGCUUUCGUCCUGCCCGAGGAGCCCGCCUCAGCCGGCGCCUACUUCUUCGUGGUCAUCCUGUCCUACGCCAACAGCUGCGCCAACCCUGUGCUCUAUGGCUUCCUCUCCGACAACUUCCGCCAGAGCUUCCGGAAGGUUCUGUGCCUCCGCAAGGGCUCUGGUGCCGAGGACGCAGAUGCCAUGGAGCCUCAGCCAGACAAGGGUGGCCGCCCGCAGGAGGCCACGCCGCCCGCACACAGCUCUGAGGCCAACGGGCUCAUGCAGACCAGCAAGGUGUGA